UCGCUGAAUCAACUCCGUUGAUCCUCGGUCAGACUCGGAGCUUUCCUCGUCGUCUACUUCACUCGCUCCCUCUAUGGCGACCCCGCCACUGGGGAUGAUAAUGCAGCCGCCCUCCGACGGGAACCCAGUGGCCGCGCAGCCGCCGGCGACAGACAUGACGGGGAUAUGCUUCCGCGACCAGCUAUGGCUGAACACGUACCCGCUCGACCGCAACCUCGUGUUCGACUACUUCGCCCACUCUCCUUUCUACGACUACACCUGCAACAACGAGAAGCUCCGGUCGCGAUCCAUUCACCCGCUCGACAUGUCCCACCUAUCGAAAUUUACAGGCGUUGAAUACGCGCUGAGUGAAGUAUUGGAACCUAACCUUUUCGUUAUCCGUAAGCAAAAGAGGGAUGGUCCUGAUAAAGUGACGCAUAUGCUAACUUACUAUGUCUUGGAUGGUUCAGUAUACCAAGCACCACAGCUAUCCAGUGUCUUUGCUGCUCGGAUAGGGAGGGCUCUUUACCAUAUAUCAAAGGCUUUUACUACAGCUGCCUCCAAGUUGGAGAAGAUUGGUUACGUUGAUGGUGAAGAUGAGAGUUCAGCAUCAGAUUCAAAGGUAACCAAGGAGACCAUAGACAUCAAGGAAGUUAAGCGGAUUGAUCACAUUCUUGCGUCACUACAGCGCAGGCUACCACCAGCCCCUCCGCCGCCGCCAUUCCCUGAGGGCUACACUCCGCCAACUAAAGAAGCAGAGAAAAGUGCAGAGACUCCGCAAGCAGCAGAUUCAGCGCCUUCCAUUGAUCCCAUAAUUGAUCAAGGCCCUGCUAAAAGGAUGAAGUUUUGAAAAAUGAAGAGCAGUUCUCCCAGAUUGACAUCCUAUAAAAACCUUAAAAGAAGAGCCAUUCUUGUGACCAUCAACUUAUCCACACAAUGACUUGGGAGAAGUCUGUUAUAGUGAACCGCUCAGCUCUUGCAUUAGACAAAGAAAGAACAAGCCUUCUCGGUUUGAUUCUCUGUUUUAUCUUUUAUAUUUAUUGUAUGGUGGAUUGACUCGACACAAGCUCAAGUUUGAAUUUGAUCCAUGGAGAAGGAUGAUCAAAGGUUGUCCUCCACCAGUUCACAUGCAAAGGGUUUAGAGUUUGGACUGCAAUUCAACAGUUAGAAUGAGUACUCUUUUCUUAAUAU